AUGACAAUCUCUUACACACUGAAAGUUGCAGAUGCUCGAUUUGCUGGAUUCUCCAAACUUCUCUUUCGUUGGAAAGGAAGUAUUUACAAACUGUUAUACAAGGAAUUCAUUGUGUUCAUCAGUUUAUAUUCAAUAUUCAGUGUAAUGUACAGGUAUUUCCUAUCACAUGAACAGAAGAUUCUCUUUGAGAAUGUGGCUACAUAUUGUGACAAACAGACCAGUCUUAUCCCAAUGUCAUUUGUUUUAGGUUUUUACGUAACACUUAUCAUUAACCGUUGGUGGAACCAAUACACGAAUAUCCCACUUCCGGAUCAGCUGAUGUGUGUGGUGUCCAGUAAUGUUCACGGCGUUGAUGAAAGGGGCCGGAUGCUGAGGCGAACACUGAUUCGAUACGCCAAUCUCUCUGCAGUGCUCAUUCUCCGCUCCAUCAGCACAAGGGUCCGAAAGAGAUUCCCCUCAUUAGAGCACGUUGUUGAAGCAGGUUUUAUGACCAGAGAUGAACUGAAGAAAUUUGAAAGCCUUUACUCUGAUUUUAACAAGUAUUGGAUCCCGUGCGUGUGGUUUACAAACCUGGCAGCCCAGGCAAGGAGAGAGGGCAGAAUCAGAGAUGAUGUCGCUCUAAGACUAUUGAUGGAUGAAUUGAAUCAACACCGGGCAAAAUGCAGUCUGUUAUUUCACUAUGACUGGAUCAGUAUCCCUUUGGUGUACACUCAGGUGGUUACUAUUGCAGUCUACUCCUUCUUUGCCUUCUGUCUGAUUGGACGUCAGUUUCUUGGACGAAGGCCAGGCUACGAAGAAGAUAACAUAGAUUUUUAUGUUCCUAUCUUCACUCUACUGCAAUUCUUCUUCUAUGUGGGUUGGCUUAAGGUAGCCGAACAAAUCAUUAAUCCAUUUGGAGAGGAUGACGAUGAUUUUGAAACAAACAAGUUGAUUGAUCGCAAUCUUCAGGUUUCCUUUCUUUCUGUGGAUGACAUGUACCAGAAUCUUCCACCCAUAGAAAAAGAUAAGUAUUGGAAUGAAUCCACAGCUCAACCUCCUUACACCAUCGCUACUGCCAAUGAGACUCACAAACCAUCAUUCUUAGGAUCAACAUUUGACAUGCGGUCACUAAUUAGUUCAGAUUCCCAAACUGAACAGCAACACCAACUCACUCCAGACUCAUGCAAGAUGCAGACUCCCUUGCUCAAUCGUUUCCUUAAUGUUGCUGCCUCACCAACUAUUAGCCUCAAAAGCUUGGGGAGGAGCAAUCGAGGGGUAACUUUAUUGUGGAAGCGUGCAGACAGUAGCUCUUCCAACUUCCAACCUAAUGAGCUGGAUUUGGUGACUCCUAUCAACGAAGAGGACUUCAGGUAUGACGACCAACACAAGCCCAGUGAAUCUUCUUGUACUGGUAUCAUCACCUUGAAGGUUCCUCAGACUUAAAGCGUCAGAAUUUGAAAAGGGAGGACCUCUACUAACUACAA